AUGCCUCCGUGGCCCAGCGAGCUGGACACAGACUUCCUCUUCGACGAUGUAGAGGACGGCCCAGUCGAAGCAGAAGAUGGUGACGGCGCCAUGAGCUUUGGAAAAGACCCUCGGCCCGACGAUCCCGUGAUAUAUCGUCCAGAUUAUAGGGCCGGAACGCGGGAAACGGCCGAUCCGCGAGGUCAACCCGCUCGGCAGCCAUGGACCCCGACAGUGGUCGUCCCUUCUCUUGAGAAUACUCCGAGGUCGCCUGGGACCGUGCCUGGGCCGCUCGUUCUGUUCAAGGAUGAAUGCGUCGCCCGAGGCGUGCUAGAUCCUCCAGACGUCGACUCCGAUUGUCCUUCCCAACUCAUCCAAAGCGACCGGGAGACACUCUCCGACGCACCAGACUUCGGCACGGCUGCUACGGGGGUGCUCCGCUCAAGCAAGACGCACUCCGUCGAGGUGAACAUUCCAGAGAAUCACCUUCUCACCCCACGGUCCUGCUAUGAACCUUUCGAUGCCGGCGUACCUGCCAUGCCCGAGGCUCAAGCACUCGCCGCGCUGGCUUCCACCCGGAAACGACUUGGUAUGCCGGCCGGUGAAAUCGAGUAUAACUUGGACAGCUUCUCAGCCUACUGUGACAUGGAUGCCUACCCGUGCGAGAUGAGAUCGCUGCAUCAGCUAGACACCAAGGUCACCGCCCGUCACUUCUAUUUCGACGGCAUCCUCAGCGUCCGGGGCGAGUGUAGAAUCUUUGUCAAGCGUGUGCCGAUUGCAGCCAUGCCGGUCGGAAACUACGGCAGCCAGCAUCCCUCGGUGCAAGGACACAUCUGGCUGCAGUCAUGCCUCAACCGCAGCCGGAGCAUAUUCUACAAGCUCGGCAGGCCAACGUCUGAGUAUCGCCGUUUCUUCUCGCCGAUGCUGUGGUUGGCCGAUUUGGCCAAGCACUUUGUCGACUACCUAAAGGCCACGGGAGAUGGCAAGGAACUCGUCACUCUGCAAAGCUUUCGCUCCUCCUUUGCCGCUUGGCUUGAAGGCACCCACGGCGGCGCGCCUGUCUUCGUCGCCUGGCGGCGGCAGCACCCAAGGCCAGACUUUCGAACUGCCGUCGUGGCCAACAUCGCCUUCCUGCACAAGGAAGCCAUCGGCGUCCUUGGCGAGAGGGACACGUACUGUCACACAAUCUGGACCGAGAUCUGGGACUUUAGUCGUUACAAGGAGCAGCCCAGAUGCGCAGAUGCCAGGACGGUCGUGACGCAGUACACGUAUGAUCUGUUCAAGGGUCUGCCUUUUGGUGACCAGCUCACCGUCGUUCCCGUCAGCGCCAAGACCGAGGUGCUUCGCAACGAGCUCAUCCGACAACGACACCUCGAGCUGCCGUCGACCCUUCACGACGCACCAAAGAGCGUGUCGACGGCGGCCAAGGACCGAAUCAGGAACAUCCAAGUCGGCGACACCAUCUCGACGCCGCGCGACGACGAACACUCGGGCUCCAAGUGGAAGCGCGAGGUGUCCAAGGGGCUCGAAGAUGUCGACCGCUGGUUCGCCCUCGUGCAGGCCGUGCACACGCGCGAGGAUGGAAAGCGCGUCUUCGACGUCAUAUGGUACUACAGGCCGCACGAUACGCUGUGCGGCAUCAUGAAGUACCCCUGGAACAAUGAACUCUUCCUGUCAGACCACUGCUCGUGCGAGGAGCUGUGCAAGAUUGGCGAGGACGAGGUUUUGGGCGUGCACGACGUCGACUUUGGCGGCACGUCGACGACGGAGGCCGAGCUGUUCUGCAGACAGACGUACAUCCACGCCGAGCGCAAAUGGAUCACGCUGAAAACGGACGACAUGAAGUGCGAGCACUGGAGGAAAGGCACCCGUCCGGCUCCGUACAGGGACGGCGACACUCUGCUGGUGCAUUUGGACCCGGCGAGCGACGUCGCCGAGCCGUGCGAACUGGUAACCUCGCAUGCGGAAGCGGACAGGGUGCUCUAUCGAUUCCGCAGGUUGCUCCGCCGCAAGCAGGUUGAGCCCGACUCCUUGGCGCGGCCGAACGAGCUCGUGUACAGCGCAUGCUUGCCGCUCGUCGAGAAGCACGAGGGGCACAUCAUCGGUCGGUGCGACGUCCGCCACUUCUCGGCCGGCGAUGCCUUGGCGACGCCCUACGACAGAGAUGGUGUCGGCGCCUUCUUCGCGCUGACGCACGAGCUACGGCGCGACGACGACGGUACCGACGCGUGCGUCCCCCUCAAAGCGGCGCCUCCCGGUCUGCGACAGGGCUGGGACCCGGCGGCAAAGGUUCCGAAGCUCCGCGGCUUCGACCUGUUCUGCGGCGGGGGCAACUUUGGACGCGGGCUCGAGGACGGCGGGGGCAUCGCGAUGCGCUGGGCCAACGACGUCAACUCGCAGGCGAUGCACAGCUACAUGGCCAACGUUAGCGAGCCGGUCUCACCCUUUCUCGGAUCUAUCGACGACCUGCAGCGGCGCGCCAUCGAGGGCCGCUUCAGCGACUGCGUGCCAGCCAUUGGCGACGUCGACUUUGUCAGCGCCGGGAGCCCGUGCCCCGGCUUCUCGCGGCUCACCAACGACAAGACGACGGUCCAGCAGCGCAAGAACCAGUCGCUCGUCGCCGCCUUCGCCUCCUUCAUCGACCUCUACCGGCCUCGGUACGGGCUGCUGGAGAACGUGCCGGGCAUCGUGCACGGGCGGGCGAACCGGGACCAGGACGUGUUCAGCCAACUCAUCUGCGCCCUCGUUGGCCUCGGAUACCAGGCCCGGUUCUUCCUCCUCGACGCCUCGUCGUGCGGCUCAUGCCAGCGCCGGUCGCGCAUCUUCCUCGCGCUCGCGGCGCCGGGUCAUCGGCUGCCGGCUCGUCCGCUCGCGACGCACUCGCACCCGCCGCGGACGAGCCUCCUCGGCAUCGGGCUGCUGCCGACGGGCGAGCCGAUGGCGGAACGCGAGAUGCCGACGGCAACGCCCUUCAAGUUCGUCAGCUCCUCGGAGGCGACGGCCGACCUGCCGGCAAUCCACGACGGCAAGGUCGACAUCUGCGUCCCCUUCCCGGACCACCGGGUCGCCCUCGGCGUCACCCGCACCCAGCGGGUUCGCAUGGCCCUAAUCCCCACGCAGCCUUGGGGGAUGAGCUUCGCGCGAGCGUGGUACGGCACCGAGCGCGUCGCCGGGGCGGGCAUCCUCACGGCGGCCGAGCGGGCCCUAUUCAGGGGCGGCGAUGCAUCGGACAAGAAAGUCGUAACGCACGGCAGUUCCCAGCUAAGCGCGGCGGCCGUCUACUCGAGCGCGUACGGACGAAAUUAUCCUCACCGGCUGAUGGAGACGAUUGUCACAUCGCAGAACCCCUGCGACAGCAAAUGCGGCCGCUGGCUGCACUGGAGGGAGAACCGGAUGCUGACGGUGAUGGAAGCGCGUCGGGCCCAGGGUCUCCGCGACGAAGACAUCAUUGUAGGCACGCCCGCGGCCCAGUGGAAGAUUGUCGGGAACAGCGUCGCCAGGGAGGUGGCGGUCGCGCUCGGCAACGCCAUCCGGGAAGCCUGGGUGGUGAGCCUCGGCGGUUGCGGCGAGCUGGAAGGAGAGGCGAGGGUCAGCCGGAUCGAGGGUGUCGGCGGCGACGCUUACGCUUCGGGCGAGACGGCCAGCUCUCGGUCGCGCGAGACGUCGACGACGGCGACAACGCCGUCGACGGCCGAAUCCGCCGGCCACGAGGGUCGUGGCAUCGGGAAGCGUCCGUUCACGGCGGUCAAAGCUGCCUCCUUUCUGCCGAGGAAACGACUCAGCACGUCGCCGGGAGGUCAUCGUGCCCGCGCAAGCAGCGCGCCCGCGGCAGGGCCGAGCCCGUCGGGACGAAUGGCGGCGGCGCACAACACGGUACCGGCGGAGGAAAGCGUCGGUUCGGGUGCGUGA